AUGACUGAAAUCACAAAGUUUGAGCAAUUCGGAAUCAAUACGUUCUAUAACGGAAUCCCAACAUUAGAUAAUGCCAGCGACUGGUUUCGGUGGAAUCAGAAGGUCAAUGAGUUCAUUCGGAUAUCUGCGGUUGCCGACGAUGGAGCGACUCCACCGAUAGAAGAGGAAGAAGCACGGCAAUGGAUUCACCGCCAAAAUUUCUAUUCUGCGAUGAUCACGGCAAAGCUGACACACAAUGCGGCGCAAAGAAUUAAUGCCUUUGAGAUUCCUCGAGUCCAAGUACUGCUUAAGGCAGUCAAGGACAACUUCAAACCAGAAGGCUCAGGCACGUAUGUUAACCUCCAACGGCGAUACAUGGCCCUUACAAGAGACAAGUGUGGGAGCACUCAAGCCCUCGGAGCAGAGAUCAGGAAGAUCCAUGCUGAAAAACUCCUCCUUGACUCUGAUUGCGUAACCUCCGAAAUUGAGCGAACAUUUUUCUUCGUGCAUGCACUCGGUCCGGAGUACGAGAGCUUCCGCGAUCAUAUCUUCUGA